AUGGCCACCCAACACACCCACGCCCCUGAUCAUCAGCCAUCCAGCACUCCCCACGCCCCUGAUCACCGGCCACCCAACACACCCACGCAACUUAAUCACCGGCCACCCAACACUCCCACACCCCUGAUCACCAGCCACCCAACACUCCCCACGCCUCUGAUCACCGGCCACAUAACACACCCCAUACCCCUGAUCACCGACCACCCAACACUCCCCACACUCAACACUCCCACGCCCCUGAUCACCGGCCAAACAAUACUCCCCACCACACCCACGCCCCUGAUCACCGGCCACCAAACACACCCCACGCCCCUGAUCACUGGCCACCAAACACAUCCCACGCCCCUGAUCACCGGCCACCAAACACACCCCACGCCCCUGAUCACUGGCCACCAAACACACCCCACGCCCCUGAUCACCGGCCACCAAACACACCCUACGCCCCUGAUCGCCGGCCACGCAGCACAUCCCACGCCUUUGAUCAGCGGCCACCAAACACACCCCACGCCCCUGAUCACCGGCCACCAAACACACCCCACGCCCCUGAUCGCCGGCCACCAAACACCCCCCACGCCCCUGAUCACCGGCCACCAAACACACCCCACGCCCCUGAUCACCGGCCACCAAACACACCCCACGCUCCUGAUCACCGGCCACAUAACACACCCCACGCCCCUGAUCACCGGCCACCCAACACUCCCCACGCCCCUGAUCACCGGCCACCAAACACUCCCCACGCCCCUGAUCACCGGCCACAUAACACACCCCACGCCCCUGAUCACCGGCCACCCAACACUCCCCACGCCCCUGAUCACCGGCCACCCAACACUCCCCACGCCCCUGAUCACCGGCCACAUAACACACCCCACGCCCCUGAUCACCGGCCACCAAACACACCCCACGCCCCUGAUCACCGGCCACCAAACACACCUCACGCCCCUGAUCACUGGCCACGCAGCACACCCCACCCCUUUGAUCACCAGCCACGCAGAGCCCUUGAUCACCGGCCACCCAACACACCCCACGCCCCUGACCAACGGCCACCCAACACACCCCACGCCCCUGACCAACGGCCACCCAACACACCCUACGCCCCUGACCAACGGCCACCCAACACACCCCACGCCCCUGACCAACAGCCACCCAACACUCCCCACGCUCCUGACCACCGACCACUGCCAAGCCCCUGACCACGGCCACCCAAUAGACUUCACGCCCCUGAUCACCGGCCACCCAACACUCCCCAAGCCCCUGAUCACCGGCCACCCAACACUCCCCACGCCCCUGAUCACCGGCCACCCAACACUCCCCACGCCCCUGAUCACCGGCCAAUCAACACUUCCGACCUCCACCACACCAACCCUCCACAACAUCCAGCCAACUCUACACCCAGCCAUCACUACACCCAGCCAUGACCACACCUAG